AGGUUGUCCUCUUCCACCCCUGAAAGGAACAACACACAAAACAGAUACGUUGAGAGAGAAUAUGGUAUGGCUACGAAAAAUUUCGACCGUGCAUCUACUUAGUUCUAAUUUAGUGCUAGUCGAAUUACCAUCUCCUCCUCUUUUUCCUCGGUGACGACAAUGUAAGCGAGUGAGUAAGCCCAAAAAGCACAACUACGAAUUCGAACUCAAUGGAAGCGGCGCGUGUUGUCCGUUGCUGGGAUUCAAAUCUAAGGAACGGGAUCGACGUGUAAAGGAUAAUUUGAAACUGGAUUGCAGUGUAUUCUUAAAUGUGGCAUAUUGAAGCAAAAAUGAUACCAGGUGGAAAAAGGUGUUUGAUUAUACCGGAAAACGGUAGUUGAGCUAAAUAGGAUACAGUGACAAUUGUAUGGAGUGAAUGUAUUUUCUAUGAAUAAGCUUAUUGCGCAAGACGAAGAUGGUAGUUCUCAGAAAUGAGACCAGUUUGAUUUGAUUGCUAACAAGAGUGUAAGCAAAUAAAUACCUUGCCGUGUGUAUGCAGUAUCAAUUGAAUAGAAAAAAAAGGUUGCAGUGACGAGUGCUUAGCAAAAAAAGUGUGUUUACCUCGACGUGUUUAGUGAUAAGUUAAGUGUACAGCGCAAAACGCUUAAUUCAAGGAAAAGCAGAAACGGCUAGAAAUUCCAUAUAGCUCGCAUUCACGUGUUUUCAGUAAAAUGAUCAACACGGUCAAAAAUAGUUUGAGCUGUCGGAAAAACUGUUUCAGCAGUCGAAGGAAAUAUUUCACAAUGUUGUUAAUUUUUCUGCUCUAUAUGGUAUCCCAGGUGCAGUCCUGUGGUCCGGGCAGGGGCAUUGGUGGUCCAAGAAGAACCCGCAAACUGCUGCCCCUAGUGUUCAAACAACAUGUACCGAACGUUAGUGAAAAUUCGUUAGGUGCCUCCGGAAUGCAAGAGGGACAAAUUUCACGUAACGAUAGCAAAUUCCGCAACCUAGAAACCAACUACAACAAGGAUAUAAUCUUCAAAGAUGAAGAAGGUACCGGCGCUGAUCGUGUUAUGACCCAGCGCUGUAAAGAGAAGCUGAAUAUAUUGGCUGUCUCGGUGAUGAACCAAUGGCCCGGUCUACGGCUUAUGGUGACCGAGGGUUGGGAUGAAGACCACAUGCAUGCCCGGGAAUCCUUACACUAUGAGGGCCGGGCGGUGGAUAUCAUGACAUCAGACAAGGAUCGGUCCAAAAUCGGAAUGUUGGCACGAUUAGCCGUCGAAGCUGGCUUUGAUUGGGUGUACUAUGAAAGCCGGAGUCAUAUACACUGUUCCGUCAAGUCAGAUUCAUCCCAGACAAACCACGCGAGUGGAUGUUUUACUGGAGACAGUUUAGUCCAAACGGCCUCCGGAGAGAAACGGAAACUCAGUGAGCUUCAAGUUGGCGAAAGCGUGCUCAGUGUCGAUGGCUCCGGGAACACCGUAUAUAGCGAGGUGAUAAUGUUUAUGGAUCGCGAUACUCAUCAGAGCCGAGAAUUUGUCCAUAUCGUAGCCGAUGGCGGUGCACAGAUAACUGUUACACCAGCGCACUUGGUGAUGGUUUGGCAAAAAGACAUUGGUGAAUCACGUUACAUGUUUGCCGAUCGCGUUCAAGAAGGUGACUACAUUUUAGUCAACAUUGACAGCAUUCUGGAACCUCGAAAGGUUCUACGAAUAUCAGCGAAACUAUCGCAAGGGGUAUACGCUCCAUUAACUAGGGAAGGAACGGUCGUAGUAGACUCUAUAGCUGCCUCUUGCUACGCUCUCAUAAAUAGCCAGAGGGUAGCACAUCUAAGUUUUCUGCCGUAUCGGGCAGCGCAAAAAAUUAUGAAUCUAUUCAAAACUAGUAGUCAAAGUCGUAGCUUAAGUCUGCCUCGGCAUGAAGGCAUCCACUGGUACGCCAAAACGUUGUACGCAAUCAAAGACUACGUCAUACCGACGGAUUGGCUCUACCAUUAACGAUGGCUGAAAAUUCAUCUACAUAAAAAUAGUCGGUCAACCAUUUGUAUAUAGUGUAAAUUUCUGUUUUAUCGUAAACAAUUAUAACUCCCGUUGUUUCCUGUAACUGAAACGAACA